AUGAGCUUUCAAGAGUAUAUCUCCGCAAUAAAAAGACACUUCUUGACCCAGAAACUUCAUGGAUUUUACAAGCCAACAUCAAAAGGCAAGCACAUACUUCUGUUUUUGUUUGUUGGAGCACUGAACAUUGUAUUUGGAAGCAUAUCGACGAUUGUAUACAGCAACUUAUUUGAAGUGAGCAUACCUUAUGCACAAGACAUGGAUAUCAAAGCAUACCUGCCGAGCGGCAAGGUCUAUCUCUUCCUAGAAGUACAUGAUUUUUACCAAACAAAUCUAAGAUAUAGCAAAAGUAUAAGCCAUGACCAGCUCAAGGGAGAGCGACCAAAGAAUCUCAAGGCAACCGAGCCUUUGUCUUACGAAGGAGAAAGGGUGAUCUACCCGGCAGGGAUUCUUCCAAACAGCUUUCCACAGGACAGCUUUGAGAUAGUGGGGGCAGAGGUAGAAACCGAGGAAAUUUCAUGGAAAUCCGAGAAAGACUCGAUAAAGCAGUCGGGAUAUACGCGCGACGAGGUUGCUGCACCACCAGCAUGGCCAGAAUACAAAGAGAUCCCUGAUCUUCAUCUCAACGAGAGAUUUGUAAACUGGAUUUACAUAUCUCCAUUUCCGAGUUUUAGGAAGCUCUGGGGCACUGCAUAUCUCAACGAGGACGGAGAUUACACAUUGAGAAUCACAUCCAGCUUUCCAUAUGGAAAAAAAUACCUUACGAUUGCACAAUCGUCAGCUAUUGGCACAAAGAACUAUUUUGUAUCUGUUGGAAUGAUUUUUAUUGGAUUAAUAAUGAUUUUGGCCUCUCUGCUCAUGUACAGAUCAUUCCUGCAAGACGAGCCAGACGAUAUAAUAAAUUAG